GAUGACUUUUACGUGCCCUGUAAGGAGCUAGCGUUGAAAUUCCAACGAGGCGAUAUAUUGCAUGUGAUAAGCACUUCCGACGAGAACUGGUGGCAAGCCUAUCGUGAAGGAGACGACCCAUCCUCAUCGCUAGCAGGCCUAAUACCAUCAACUCAUUUUCAGCAGCAAGUGAUUCUUUACAAUCGUGAAUUGGAGAGAGAGAACACCUCGGACAGUAGUACAAAACGGAAAGACUUCUUUGGGUGUACCAAGAAGAAAUCUUUGGGUAAAGCGAAAGGAAAACGAAUUGUGCAGGAUGAGAUGAAAUCAGCUGAUGAAGUUUCAAAUGAUGACAGUGAGAUGCUCACGUAUGAAGAAGUAUCACUGUAUAUGUCGAAAGGGACCCGAAAAAGACCAAUAGUUUUGUGUGGACCCGAAGGAGUGGGUUGUCUCGAGCUCAGGCAACGUCUCGUAGAGAGUGAUAAGAGUAAAUUCGCAAGUGCUGUUCCUCGUAAGUACCUCUGGUUUCUUGGUUUCAUUGUCUUAUUUCCGUAA